UCAGCUGUCACAAGCUAACUAGCAUCAGUUAGCUUCACGUUGACCUCGGUGAGAACAGAGAGUAAAUAAAUAUGAUAGUUCGAGAUGCUCGGGGUCAUAUUUAGACGACGCCCCCUUGCAGCCCGACAGGUGUGGCGCUGGGUUGCUCCUCCAGGACGAUGCUGGACCUCGGUCUCCUCGGGACCUCCUGGCCGUGGAGGCGUCUCCCUGCCGACCUGCUGGGCCUCAUCCACUCCAGGACCUGGACUGUUGAGACCCCCGGCUGCCCCCUGCCAGGGGAUUCAAACCCACCUCUCUCCGUUUGGAGCGAGAACCCAACACUUCCACUCCUCUGCCGUGAGGUUGAAGAAGCGCCCGCAGGCUGAGGCCCCCCCCAGGGAGCUCGACCUGCUGCGCUACGACAUGAAGGACUUGUGGAAGGGUCCCAGACCCGCCUUGUACCUGGGCUUCGCCGGGCUGCUCCCCUUCGUGACCCCGACUCUGCUCAUGGCCGGGACUGAACUCUACCUCCCCGAGCUGGCCUACGCCCAGCUGGCGUACGGAGCCUCCAUCGUGUCCUUCCUGGGCGGAGCUCGCUGGGGAUUCGCUCUCCCAGAGGGAAGCCCCGCCCAGCCAGACUGGAUCAACCUGGCCAACAGCGUGGUGCCCCCCCUCCUGGCCUGGGUGGCCAUGCUAAUGAGCGACAGCAUCGUCCCGGCAGCCACCAUGGUUAUCAUGGGCCUGGGGGUCUCGCUGCACUAUGACCUCUCGCUGCUGCCCACCUAUCCCAGCUGGUUCAAGGCCCUGCGCUCCGUCCUCACCGUGGUGGCGUUUCUGUCUCUAGUGGGAACACUUGCCAUGAACGGGAUUUUCCCAGAAAAGAAAUUAUUCUCAGAGUAAAUUUUUUAAAGAAAAUAUUUGAAAGUUGAAAAAGUUAGAAAAGAGUUAUCUGAGGUCCAGGGUUUUCCAUCUGUGUUAACAACUUUCAAUCAUCACAGUGUUGUUGUUUUUUCAUAUCAAGCCAUUAUGUAAAAGCCACUGUGUGUAGAAAUUGUAAAUGAAAAUAAAAAUAAACCAGCUUUCACGUU